GUAAUCGAAAUAUUUAUAUGCAAUAAUUAUUAACAUUCAUACAGUUUUCUAUAAACUUCGUAACUUGAUGAAACGGGUCUAGAUGGUCCAACAAUCAUGCGAGCAGCAAGCGUGUGCGUUCCCCUUUAAGAAGCCCCCCUUCUCUCCACUGCGGGGGGAGGGCGAGCGCAAUCCUGGAACAGCGAUUGAAAAAAAAAAAUCCACCAGUGGACUGUUUCAAGUUCCCCGGCAGAAACUGUGCCUGAUUUGUGGCCAGUGCUGGAGAUGUAAGAAAAGGGAGGAAAAACACUAAGCGGGUAGCUAUGGAGAUAGAGCGUUUUCCUGGCCGCUUCCUUUGACAGGUGUUGAGUAGGUUAAAAGUCUGCAAACAAAGUCCACCAUGUACGCCAAAGGGAAAGGAGCUGUUGUCCCUUCUGAUAGUCAAGCCAGAGAGAAAUUAGCUUUAUAUGUGUACGAGUACUUGCUUCAUGUUGGGGCCCAGAAGUCAGCACAGACCUUCCUGUCUGAGAUCCGAUGGGAGAAGAACAUUACACUAGGGGAGCCUCCUGGAUUCCUGCAUUCAUGGUGGUGUGUAUUCUGGGAUUUGUACUGCGCUGCUCCAGACCGACGUGAGACCUGCGAGCACUCCAGCGAGGCCAAGGCUUUCCACGACUAUAGUGCAGCAGCCGCCCCUAGCCCUGUUAUGGGUAACAUGCCCCCCAACGACGGUAUGCCUGGAGGACCGAUGCCCCCCGGCUUCUUUCAGGGCCCUCCCGGCUCGCAGCAGUCACCACACGCACAGCCUCCCCCACACAAUACCAGCAACCCCAUGAUGGGACCACACGGCCAGCCAUUCAUGUCUCCGCGGUACCCGGGUGGACCACGGCCGUCUCUUCGCAUGCCAAAUCAGCCUCCUGUAGGAGUUCCAGGGUCACAGCCACUCCUGACAAACAGUUUGGACCCAACCAGACCACAAGGACAUCCAAACAUGGGCGGCCCAAUGAGGAUGAAUCCUCCCAGGGGUAUGGGUGGAAUGGGCCCUCAGAGUUAUGGUGGCAUGAGGCCUCCUCCCAACUCUCUAGGUGGUCCAGGCAUGCCCGGCAUGAACAUGGGUCCUGGAGUACGUGGCCCCUGGCCAAACCCGAAUGCUAACUCGAUAGCAUACUCCUCCUCAUCUCCAGGCAACUAUGUGGGUCCUCCAGGAGGAGGUGGUCCACCAGGAACUCCCAUAAUGCCAAGCCCAGGAGACUCCACAAAUUCCAGUGAGAACAUCUACACGAUGAUGAACCCUAUCGGACCAGGAGGCAACCGACCCAAUUUCCCCAUGGGUCCUGGUCCGGAUGGUCCGAUGGGAGGUAUGGGUGGCAUGGAACCCCAUCAUAUGAAUGGAUCAUUAGGCUCUGGUGACAUGGACGGCUUGCCAAAGAAUUCCCCUAACAACAUGGCAGGCAUGAAUAACCCUCCGGGUACACCGCGAGACGAUGGAGAAAUGGGCGGCAACUUCCUAAACCCAUUCCAAAGUGAAAGUUAUUCACCCAACAUGACGAUGAGUGUGUGAUUUCUUGUUUUUAUUUUUUUAUUUGGGGUUUUAUGUUUUGUUUCGUUUUCAAACCCCUUUGACCCCGGUUCCUUUUUAACCCCGCCCCCUUCACGUCUAUCAACCCCGGUCCCCCUCGCCCACGGAACUCCGGCUUCGCCGCACAGCCUUCUGGGAUGGCCCAUGAGCACAGGACUCAUAUGAAGGUGCCCCAUCCCAUCUCGUGCAAAAUGGCCACCGGCAACAGGAAACAGCCCCAGAGCCACAGGAAGAGCUUGUUGACUGACACUUCCUGCCUCCCAGACUUCCUCUCUGGCUCAGGACACUGACAGGGCUGGACACACGUAGGAAGACAGGUGUGUGUGACCAGCGUCCCCACAGUAGGCCGCGCUUCACCAGGCUGCUCGUCUUUAUGAAUUCACUCCACUUUUAGACUGAUUUUUUUUAUCUUUGACGGAUGCAGUAGUUUUUACGGUGGAAGAUAUCUGCACCCGGUACUUUUUCCUCCAUUUUACUGUGUACAUUUGAAAUGCAAAAGGAAACUCACGCUGAUGGGUUUGGCUAUGAGCUUUUCAUUAUUCUGUGUAUGUAUUGUAUUAUUAUCAAUUGUUGAUUUUAUUUUUAUUAAUAUUGUAAGGAUGGUUAUUGAUUAGGUUUUUCUUUUUUGAAGGGACACAUUGUAUGUCAACCAUAAAAUCGGACAGAAAAGCACACACCCAUAAUGCAUAAUAACACGGUCAUGACUUGCAGUCUGUGCUGUGUUUUGUGUUUGCUGUGAAUUUUCCCGCAGUUUUAAUUCUCUUGACUCACAAUUUACAAAACGUCUCUAAAGACAACUGUUCAUGCACAGUCACAACAGAUGUAGUUUGUUGUCCAAACGUCUGAGGCUGUUAGACAUUUUUUUAUACAGAAGUUGUGCUGUUAUUCCAGAUGCUUAUAUCACUUCAGGAUACACAAUAGAGCUUUUCACACUUAACAUUCUUAACCCUGGGUAAAAUCAGUCCAUGGUUAUCUUGUUGCAUGUUUUGCACUCUUUAUACUUAAACACGGGUUCAUAAAUCAUCUUGGAUAUUCAGGUUUUAUGAUUUCACACUAAAUAUUUGUACAUUGUGGGUUAACAUUGCCGUUUUGUUAUUUAUAAGCAAAAUAGCAAUGACGAAAAACCUUUAUUAAUAACUGCUUGUCCAUCUGUGGAAAGGAUUCGAUAGUCACCGUAAACAUGCAAAGAUAUCUACAUUCUUGAAAGGGUUCAAGUGGAAAUACCCCCAGGAUUAAAUGCAGUGUGAAAAGCCCUCACAAACUUAUUUAUUUCAGUUGUUUUUCAUAAGUUGAUUUAUCAUGCACAUGUUUUGCAUGGAACUCUUCUGGACAUAUUGUACACAUUUAAAUAUGCCAGUCUAAGAUGCCUCCUAACGAUUUGCAUAGUUCUUUUCCUGUUCUCUCUCAGCUUUACUGACCCACAUUUCCAUCUGCAUGAAUCCCUGAAGGGUGUCUUUAGUGACAGGCACUGACCAGUUUGUUGGGUGCUUUUCAUAGGAAAGUUUAUGGUGGGAAAUAGAAUAGAUUCCCGAAACACAUUUUGUUUAUUGUAACGGUAGCUACUAUGUGUUAUAUUAAUACUUGGAUUAUUUGCCCAAAUUGUUUUAAAUAUAUGAUAAUGAUUAUAUGCUUAAUAUACAUAUGUCAGAAUAUAUGUAAGUGUCUGUCUAGCGUAAAAAAAAUAAUUUCACAGUCUAGUGUGUCAUAUCUGCAGCACCACAUGAAAUUGCAGAUUGGAGUGGCCCGAUAUGGAAAUGUUGAGUCACCAAGUGAGGUCAAAGGAGUAAUGAUAAUGAUAAUGAUAAUAAUAAUAAUAAUGCAUUUUAUUUAUAGAGAGCUUUCAAACACUUAAGGAUACCUUAUACCAGUGGUUCUCAACAGGGUUCUCCAGCUUACAUCCAUUGCGGGCUCAAGAUGACUAAUAAUUUAAGACGAGACAAAAUGAGCAUUGAAUGAAUUUAAAAAAGUUACGUCUCAUUAUUUUGCCAUUUUAUAAUGAAUAAAACUUCGCAGUCAAUGUCAAGUUUUAAAGUAUUUUAUUGGGUAACAAUUUUGAAAACACUGGGGCCCUUGGAGUUGGAAAAAACAUUGCCUUAUACUUAAUACAAGACAAACAAAAAGGUUUGGAAAAUAGUUUGAAAUGACUCACUGCAGCUUUAUAGGGACCAUUGUGACUGAUCAGGCAUUGCAACAAGACCCUUUUAGAUAUCAGUUUCACCACAUCCUCCAUCUCGUGCUUUCUAGACCUUUUCUGAGCGUUUGGUUUAAGAGUCAAUAAUAUGAUGUGACCUUCUGGGAUUACUCAAUGAGGGAUAUAUGAUCUAUAUGUGCUGUAUAACUGUAUUAUGUAACAGUUUUAUAGUAUGAACAAAGGCAGUUUUGUUUGACGUGUCGUUUUGUUUUGUCCUUGUGUUUUGGUAUUUGUUUUGUACUUUAAACAAAAUGUGUUUUGGGGUAUCAUGGGUUAGAACAGGUAAAUUUCAGAUGCCACAAUCCACCUGCUGAUGAUACACACACACGUUCUCUCUGUAAGACACAAUAACCCCGUUUUCAAGUUCUCCUCAACUCUCCAACACAGACAAACACCGUUUAUACAGUGUCUAUCUUAUUUUAUUACUUUGUUUGUUGUAAAUACUGUAUAAUGCAUUUUGAUAUCAUUGACAUGUUUUGAUAUUUCAGUCACUACCAAUGAAUACAGAUCUUAGGGGGGAAAUAUGUAAAGGAAAAACCCAUCUUUGUAGUUAAAGAGUCACUCUUCUCCGUUCUUGACUCUCAGCUGUACAGAUGUACUAAGUAAUCAUGCAAAUGUAAAGAUUUUGUCAGCCUUUACUUCAAAGAUUCAUGUUUGGGAGGAGAGGAAAGUUAGAUCUUUGUGAAUAGGUUGGACAUAAUGACACCCGUUUCACAGAGCAGACGGGUCGGAGCACUGAUGCUGAGGACAAAAGCAUCCGUUCUCUUUCUCUCAUGCGUCCUCACUUUGCACUUUCCAGACAGCAGCCCACCUUUUAACACGAUGCCUAAAUGAACGUACAUGGCUCUUUACAUAAAGUGACCACACAUUCAAUCUUUACUAUGAAGGAUUUUAUCUAUUUAAAGUAAAAAAAGUCUCAAAAUACUUGUAUGGAGUAAGGAUGAAAAAGUGAUGAAACGGAGGAAACAGUCCUUCCUGUUUUCUUAAGGGUUGCAGUCGCUCCUCGGCCAGUCCUCUGUAUGUAAACCACUCACAUUGUUGACCAUCUCUGUAAUUCUAUUGUGACCUGUACAAUACUGUACCAUUAGAGAGGAGAUGACGUCAUCCAGAGGGGGUUAAUAUACAGAAAAGAAAAAAAUUCUCCUCCUUCGUUCAUUGUUUUGUCUGGCAAACAAAAAGCAGUAUUGAGCAAAAAGCCGUUUGUCUCCUGGGUUUGCUUUGUAUUUCAUGUUUAGGGUAGUUUGGAUUCUUGUCUUAGGGACUCUUUCUGUCUUGUGUAGUAAAUUAAGACGUUCUUUGUAUGUUCCUUUAUAUUGUAAAGUUUCUUUUUAGAUUUGAAAGUUGCUUAAAACUGAUGAAAAAAGUGCAUUGAUAAUGUAUUUUUUGUUUUUUUUCAUGAAGUUGUUAUUUUUUGCUUGUCCCUUCGUUGUAGAUACAAAUUAAAGACUAAUAAAAUAACAUAACCCCUUUUACCAAGA